AUGUAUGAGAUCAUCUUCAGAAAGUCCAAUAAUGUUGCUUACAACUUACAGGAAUAUUUAACCCCAGAAAUAAACGAAGCGAUAGUGUCAGUCACUAUGCCUAGGAAUGAUUUUUUACAAAAGAAGGGCACAUCAGCUUUCUGCUGGAAUGGCGAAGCUGGUGAGGAUGUGGAGGAGUGCGUGCCCGUUUUGAUUGAAACCACCGCAGCCGCCCCCGAUGCCAUCGCGACCGACGCCGAAUUGAAAACGCAAAUUUAG